AUGAUCGAUUUAGCUGAAAAACAACAAAAUAAUGAUAUUUUACGAGUUCAAGUUUGUGACGAAGGAGAACUAGAGAAAAGCACUGUCUAUAGCUAUGGGUAAGCAUUUUUUAUAAUUUUAUUGAAGUUUUGUGGAAUUUUUCAGAAGUCGGAGAAUAGAUCCUGAACAAUGGAUUACUUGGGCGACUGAAUGCAAAUAUUUACCCGAAGCAGAUGCAAUUGCACUUUGUAGUGUGUAAGUAUUCUCGAAUGGCUGAAAUUUAGGUUAAUUUCUAAUUUUCAGACUCAUAGAUAGAUUGUCAAUGGAACCAAAUGUUGUGCCAGUUUCAUCACCAGUCACAAUAUGUGGAGAUAUUCACGGACAGUUUUAUGAUUUGCUCGAAUUGUUCAAAACCGGUGGAACAGUUCCAAAUACAAAAUAUGUUUUCAUGGGUGAUUAUGUUGAUCGUGGUCAUUAUAGCCUUGAAACAGUUACUCUACUUUUUUGUCUUCUUCUCAAAUAUCCACAACAUAUCACACUUUUACGUGGCAAUCACGAAUCUCGACGAAUUUCGAAUGUUUAUGGUUUCUAUGAUGAAUGUCAAAACAAAUAUGGACAUGGAAGUGUUUAUAAAUGGUUUUGUAAAGUGUUCGAUGUUUUGCCGAUUGGUGCGUUAAUUGAUGAUUCGACUUUAUGUGUACAUGGAGGAUUAUCACCUGAUUUGAAAACUAUUGAUAGUAUGAUGUCGUUAGAUCGUGCACUUGAAGUGCCAAACAAGGUAUUUUUGAAAAAUGAAAUAGGAAAAUCAAUCAAUAUCAUUAUUAUAGGGUCCACUGUGUGAUAUAAUGUGGUCUGAUCCAGACGACGAAGUUGAUGAAUGGGUUAUAAGUCAAAGAGGAGCUGGUUAUAUUUUCGGAGCAAAAGCGACACAUCAAUUUUUAUACAAUAAUAAUUUGGCGUUAAUUUGUCGAUCACAUCAAUUAGUCGAAGAAGGUUUCAAAUAUAUGUUCAAUGAGAAAUUGGCAACUGUUUGGUCAGGUAAAUUUUUGCCGGGAAUUUUCAAGUUUGAAAAAUUUGGAAGAAAUUUUCUUUUUGAAAAAAAUGAUUCUGAUUUAGCCCGGCCAAAAAUGUAUCUGUUUAAAAAAAAUAAUUUUGGAAAAUUCUUAAAUUUCAGCUAGAAAACCUGAAUUUUAACCCGAAAACUCUAAAUUUCAGGUUUUUGGUUCGGAUUUUAGGCUUUGCGGAAGGAAUAGGAUAUUUUUAUGACUUUCAGGCUUUUUGGAUUUUUCUGUGUUUUUGAACGGGGUCAUAUGACAUAGAAUCAAUAAUUUCUUAUUUUCAACUAAAUAUUGGCCAAAAAGCCUGAUAUCCAGAAAAAUAUCCUGUUUCUUCCGCAAAAAGCUUGAAUUAAACUUGAAAUUCAAGUUUUCUGGCUGAAAUUUAGCCAAUUUAAAGAGAAAUUCUGAAAAACUCUUAAAUUUCAGCCAGAAAAACUUUAAGACCAAAUUCUAAGACCAUGUAGAAAUUCCAUGACCAAAUAAAGAGACAUUCUGAAAAAUUCUUAUUUUAAAUAGCAAAAUCGAUUUUCCAGCUCCAAACUAUUGUUAUCGAUGCGGAAAUGCGGCAGCGGUUUUCGAAAUCGACGGAAAUAUGCGAAUCGCCAAAUAUUUCAACGCAGUUCCCGAUCAAAAUCGCGAAAAACCCGAUCGAGUUGUGGCUCCAUAUUUCCUCUAA